UUAUUUUUAAACAAAAACGUUCAUAGAAAAGUCAGUCUGUGUUGGGACGACAACUAAAAAAGAUCAUCUUCUUUAGUUUUUUUUUCAAAAGACUUGCUACGUUAGCAUUUUUUUUAUUUCUGAAUUGUCAAAACAGAUACAAUGUCUCAAACGGGUCCCGGAUUCGACAGUAAUUGCAUGACAUUGACGCGUUUUGUGCUGCAAGAACAACGAAAAUUCAAAAAUGCCACGGGAGAUCUUUCGCAACUCUUGAAUUGCAUACAAACAGCAGUAAAAGCGUGUCAAUCUGCGGUUCGUAAAGCUGGAAUUGCUAAAUUGCACGGAAUUUCAGGCGAUACAAAUGUUCAAGGAGAAAGUGUCAAAAAAUUAGAUGUUCUCACAAAUGAACUUUUCAUCAACAUGCUUUCGUCGAGUUUUACCGUUUGCUAUAUGGUUUCGGAAGAAAAUGAGACAGUUAUUGAAGUCGAGUCUGCCAAUUCAGGCAAAUAUAUCGUUUGUUUCGAUCCAUUGGAUGGAAGUUCAAACAUCGAUUGUCUCGCAUCAAUUGGUUCUAUUUUCGCCAUUUACCGCAAACAAGGAGAAACUCCUCAACCCAGCGACUAUUUGCAACCCGGAAAGAAUAUGGUAGCUGGCGGUUAUGCACUCUAUGGAUCAGCAACGAUGCUCGUUUUGAGUUUGGGUAAUGGCGUAAAUGGGUUCAUGUACGAUCCAAGUAUCGGAGAGUUUAUUUUGACUGACGUUGAUAUGCGAAUUCCUGAACGAGGCAAUAUCUAUUCGAUCAAUGAGGGAUAUUGUGCACAAUGGGAGCCUCAUGUUAAAGCGUACGUUGAUGCUAAAAAAGAUCCUGCAAAAGGAAAACCUUACGGAGCUCGUUAUGUUGGUUCAAUGGUUGCUGAUGUUCAUCGUACAAUCAAGUACGGAGGAAUUUUCAUCUAUCCAGCAACGAAAGCUUCUCCCAAUGGAAAAUUGCGUUUGUUGUACGAAGGCAAUCCAAUGGCUUUUAUUGUAACCCAAGCUGGCGGAAAAGCAAGCACGGGAAAAGAAGAUAUUCUUGAUGUUGUACCUGAAAAAAUUCACCAACGUGUGCCUGUAUAUUUGGGAUCAAAAUUAGAUGUUGAAGAGGCUUUGAGUUACAUCAAGUAAAAAUAAUGAAAUUCAUGCAUUUACUCUCAGGAUACAAUUUUACACAAUAAACAAAUUUCUUUUAAA